UCUCACGUUCAGCGCAGCGGUAAUGCCGCCGCUGACUUACUAUCUCGCUCUUCUCCUCCUUGCCCCACCACCUCCUCCAGUUAUCGAUUCCGUGUAUAUCAAAGUACUUCGCAAUAUACUUGCUUUGAUUUCCGGGGUCCUCUUCUUCCGUUUACCACUUGCAUACCAUGUCCCUCAGAGCAUCGGACUCACUUAUCAGCUUGGCCUCGUCGGCCUUUAUGGCGGGUGUAGAGUGAUAGACGCCUUUUUUAUAAGCCCCUAUUUCCUGAAACAUAUUCCCCGACGAGUCAAGUACGAAUAUAGGCCGAGAGCCGAAACAUCUGCGCCCGUGGAGACUACCAUAGCGAAAGCAUGGUCCGACGGAGGAGUCAAAGAGCCAUACUCGCACAAGGAGAGAGCCAUAGCUAGCGACGAAAUUCUGGUCAGCAAAUCGACUCAAGUCGAGGUUGUCCCAAACCGCAGCUCUACGCAAGCCAGCGGAGGGAGGCGUUCAAGCUUUCCUAACGGUAUCAGCCAUGCAGCCCGUAGGAUGUCGAAUUCCAUCCCUAACGCGGCCGGCGACUCCUAUCACGCCGUGCAGCGUACGCUACAGGGACCGGAUCCACAACCUGUUCUCGAAACUGCGAGAACUGAGAGUGGCUGGCCGCAGACUCUCCGCGACCGCGCCUCCUGGGCCCUCGAGCUCGAGCUAAGCAUGCGUGGAGUCGGCUUCGCAUGGACGACGGCCGAUGUGCGGCACACGCGCAAGACCUGGCUGCCUACGGUCGGCAACCGUGUCCACAGCAUCCUCGUGCACGCCACACCAGUCUUAUUAGCGAGUUGGUUUAUCAUCAGGGCUAUAUAUUUACGGUAUCUUACUACGUCUAUAGACGUGGCAUCGUCAGAUAGCGACGAAAGACAAUCUCGCGAGCUUUUCGACGAAGCGCUACCGCUGCCAGUACAGUAUCUACUCGUGGUUGCUUUAGGGGCGUUUCUCAUGGCAGCAUUCUCAAUAGGCCAUUCGCUUUUCGCAAUAAUGCUUAGCCCGCUUGCACCUAGCCCCCUCGCUUUCUUCCCACCGCUUUAUAGUACCAGGAUUUGGGAUAUUACGUCGGUACGCAAGUUCUGGUCUUACGGAUGGCAUCGGCUAUUUGCGCGCUUGUUUCUUGUAUAUGGCGUCUGGCCUGGGGAGUGGCUUGAGAGAAAACUAAUGGGGAAGCGUGAUAAGGAUCCUGCUGAUGUAGGUAAGGUCUUAGGCGGGUUUCUUUCCAGCGCCUUUGUCCACUCCUUCUCUGUAAGAGGAGUUUUAGGUGGCGAUUGGCAUAGCGCGGCAGGUGAAGCCAAGUUUUUUGCAUUGAACGGUGUCGCUGUUGUGGUUGAAGGUGCAGUAUCGAGAGCUGUGAGAAACGCAAGGAGAAAAAGGGGCAUAAAAGAGGUUAUGUGGUACGAUGGAUGGAUCGGGAGGAUAUGGUGGUUUGUAGUUAUGUUAAGUUUAGGAAGAAACUUCGCAAGGGGUUGGGUUAAGUCAGGCUUGGUAAGAGAGAUUGCAGGCCAAUAGUUAUCUCAGGUUAUAUCAUCUUCCUUUAACAUUCGCGCUCUCACGUCUGUAGGUGCCUUCCAGGUUCC